AUGUUGGAGGGAGGCAAGGCAAGAGUGAAGGUAACACAAGUUAGAUGGAAUUUACCUCCACUGGGGUGGUGUGCUUGCAACACAGAUGGUGCUUCUAGAGGUAACCCAGGGAGGAGUGCCUAUGGUUUUUGCUUGAGAGACGCUGAAGGGAAUUUACUAUAUGCACAAGCUGAGGAGAUUGGUUAUGCCACAAAUAUAGAAGCAGAAAUUGUGGCUAUUUUGGAGGCCUUGAGGUACUGCAAGCAACAGGGGCUUCACAACAUCAUUUUUCAGACAGAUUCUCAAACUAUUCAGAAAAUAUUGUCUGAAGAAUGGAAACCUCCAUGGAAUAUUACAGGUUGGGUGGAAGAGGUGGAGGAAUAUAAAAGGGACCUGGACGUCAUAUUCAAUCAUACUCUAAGGGAAGCAAAUAAGUUGGCUGAUGCUUUAGCCAACUUUGCUUUAGAUGAAGGACUAAACAAUACAGAGGAAAUGUCAACUGCUGUGUAUUAG